AUGCAAAUGGAAGUCCCCGGGGGCAGUGUAGAAUAUUUGCCUAAAAACCUCUUUGAUCAGAGCCUACACUCACUGGAUCCUGAAACAAAGCCGAGCGAUUAUCGUUACGCAAGCCAUUCUUUGCUGCCUGAGGAGAAACGACAUCGGAGCAACAAAGAAAAUACGCUGCCAUUUUUUAAAGAUACAAAGUUCGAAAAAGAAACAAUCACACUUCCUGAUCCUGGGCGCUUUUCCAAACAGAAAAUUAAUGAUGAAGUAAAUAGAGGCUUUUAUUUAGAAAGCGAUAAACAUGUACCAAUUGAAAACAAUGGAACAUCAAAGGAAAGUUCAGCAUUAGUAAAACACAUGAAAUUUACUAAUAAUAGGGUAUCUGUUGGACAAACAGGGAUAGAGCCGAGCCAAGCACACAGAUUGAAAAACGACGGAUUCGAACUCUAUUCUUAUAAUGUCACUGUAAGCGACCAGCUGCCUCUAAAGAGAGACAUUCCAGACACAAGGCCAGUCGGGUGUGGCAGUCUACCAGCGUACACAGCCGAAAACCUGGCCAGGUCAACUGUUAUCAUCUGCUUCCACAACGAGGCUCUGUCUGUACUUCUUAGAACCGUCCAUUCUGUCCUUGGGCGGACGCCACGGCACCUUUUGGAGAAGGUUAUUCUGGUCGAUGACUUUAGUACACAAG